AGAUGUACACAGGAAGGAGAAUGCAGGUGCUGCAGAGAAGGCCAUCAGCGUCCAUUCAACCCCUGAGGGCUGUUCCUCAGCCUGUAAGAUGAUUUUGGAGAUUAUGCAUAAGGAGGCGAAGGACACCAAAACGGCUGACGAGGUCCCCUUGAAGAUCCUGGCUCAUAAUAACUUUGUGGGGCGUCUCAUUGGCAAGGAAGGACGCAACCUGAAGAAGGUGGAGCAGGAUACUGAGACAAAAAUAACUAUCUCCUCACUGCAGGACCUCACCCUCUAUAACCCAGAGAGGACCAUCACAGUGAAGGGGGCAAUUGAGAACUGCUGCAGGGCCGAGCAGGAGAUUAUGAAGAAAGUUCGGGAGGCCUAUGAGAACGACGUGGCUGCUAUGAGUUUGCAGUCCCAUCUCAUCCCUGGUCUGAACUUGGCUGCCGUAGGACUUUUCCCAGCCUCAUCCAGCGCAGUCCCACCACCACCCAGCAGUGUCACUGGAGCUGCUCCCUACAGCUCCUUUAUGCAGGCUCCAGAGCAGGAGAUGGUGCAGGUGUUCAUUCCUGCCCAGGCAGUGGGUGCCAUCAUUGGCAAGAAGGGACAGCACAUAAAACAGCUCUCCCGGUUUGCCAGCGCUUCCAUCAAGAUUGCCCCUCCUGAAAGUCCUGACUCCAAAGUCCGAAUGGUCAUCAUCACUGGACCCCCGGAAGCCCAGUUCAAGGCCCAAGGAAGAAUUUAUGGAAAACUCAAGGAGGAGAACUUCUUUGGUCCCAAGGAGGAAGUAAAGCUAGAGACCCACAUCCGAGUGCCAGCAUCAGCAGCUGGCCGGGUCAUUGGCAAAGGGGGCAAAACGGUGAAUGAGUUGCAGAAUUUGACAGCAGCUGAGGUGGUGGUGCCAAGAGAUCAGACCCCGGAUGAAAAUGACCAGGUCAUCGUCAAGAUCAUCGGGCAUUUCUAUGCCAGCCAGAUGGCUCAGCGGAAGAUCCGAGACAUCCUAGCCCAGGUUAAACAGCUGCACCAAAAGGGACAGAGUAAUCAGGCCCAGGCUCGGAGGAAGUGACCAGCCCCUCCAAAUCCUAUCGACUCAAGGACAACGGGCUGAAAACAAGAGCAUGUUCUUCCCAGCAGGCCUGAGAAUGAAUGGGAAUCAGGGACUUUUGGGCCAGGAAGUAGAUCAGGUUUGCCCACUUGCUUGAGAAAAGAUGUUCCAGUGAGGAACCCUGAUCUCUCGGCUCUAAACACCCAACCUAUUGGCUCAACACUGCCUCCCCCUCAAGGUGUCACCAUGGCAAUUCCAUUUAGGGUGCUUUUAAACGUGGAUUGUUUUAAGUCCUCCAGGUCUCAUCAAGGGAGGGUCAGAUCCCAAUGGAAAGAAAAAUAAAAUUUCCUUCAGGUUUUUAAAGCACACAAAAGGGUAUUUUAAUUAGCCUCAAAGGAUGGUUUGCUUCUUAACCCUAAAAUCCUUCCAGCCUUCUCCUACUUGGCUUAUUGAUUAACUACCGCCACUCUUAGGUCCUGAUACAGCCUUUUUCUAUGUUAACACUAGGUCAUCUUGCCUCUACUGCUAACAGGAGAAGUGGGAACUGAUGCACAGGUUGACUUAUGUUAUUGACUCAGAGGGAGAAGGCACACCAAUAUCUAUGGAUUAAUUCCAGUCCCUCCCAAGCGAACCAAUAGAAACAGCAAGGGAUAAAGAAUGGAGGAGAAAGAUGAUUUUAAAGUAUAUAGUAAUCCACGUUUAAAAGAAGUGUCCUUGUGGCUGAUCUAUUCCAGAUCACCGUCUAGAAAAAUUGGCAUGCUUAAAAUUUCCCCCACUCUGUUGGGGCUUCCCUACCAUGAAUUCUUGCCCCGUUCACAUCCCUCAGAUCUAGUAUUUCCCACAUCGUGUCUAGGUGCACAGGGAUGGUACUGAAUGCUCAGUGGGAUAGGGGCCGACCACUGUACUGUCCCUGAUUCCCAUCAUUCUCAGGCAGAUUUUAUAUUUUUCUAGUGUAUUUUAAUGAUUGGAUAUGAGCACUGGGAAGGGGACUUUAACUCCCCUUGAUAAAGUCUCAGUUCCAUGGAGGACUUGAGUGGCCCCAAAGGCUGCCACUGUGCCCUCAUGCCAGCCUAUGUGCUCCUGUAAGGGCUGGUUCCCAGAGGCAGGGGUUGCGGGGCACUCCCCCACCACAGCACUGCUCUCUUGGUGGUGGUGGGAUGUGGAACCCAACUCUGAACCUCCCCACAAAGCUAAAGCCCAUCAUCUGGCACCUAUUAUGGAUAUUCAGGAAAUGGAGAGUAUUUCCUUCCAUUUUUCCUAAAGGCAUAUUUAACUGAUGGCCUCUGCCUUCAUGGAUCAUUGGCAUGGUGAAAGAUAUGCCUAAAAAAAAAAGAAGGAAAAAAAACAAAAACCAAAAUUCAAAGUACCAGCAAUGUUAUGCACAGAAGAGUAAAUGAAACUAAUUUAGUCAUUUACCAGGCUCAGUAAGUGGAGCCCUCAAGGAAGACAGUAGCCAUCAUUUAAUGCUUGUCAAUGCAUAUUGGCCAGGUGGUGCACUUUAGCGACAUUGGACAAUGCUAUCAAGUGUGCUGGGAAGGAAGGAAGGCAGCAUCCAUGAGUAGAGAAGCUCACGGCAUGGAGUCCUCUCCUUCCAAACAUUGCAACAAUGGUAACACCAAGACAACUAUGAUGUGUGGGUGGAGUCAGUCAGGUAAAUGCUGUGUGCGAAGUAAACUACCUCAAGGUAUGAAGUUACCUCAGCAAUUACUUCCUUUUUUGUCCCCCUCCCCCACCUUUUAUUUUUUCAUCUUUUUUUUUUCUUUGCGGCUUGCUGAUAUUUUAUAUAAAAGAAGAAAAAAGAAAAAGCUAAGCAAGAGAAGCUGAUAGUCUUGAAUAUUUUAUUUUUUUAAUGAAAAGAAAAAAUGAGAAAGUUAUGUUUCAUAAUUUCUUACAACAUGAGCCAGUGUAACCCUUUAGGGGGCUCUCUAUGGAGAAUGGGCCCUGGGGAAUGGCAGCUGGAGAAGGAGGCUGAGGCGGGAAGAGAGGGCCCAGCAGUGGAUCCCCAGUAGCCAGUCAGCAGCCUCCAACGAUCAGCCUGUGUGUCCCCCUCCCCCUUUGGUUAAAGGGCAUCCCGGUCAGUUUUUCCCACCAGUGGUGCUGUUGAAAUAUUUAUAUAUUUGCCUCCGUUUUAUAGAGGAGAGAAGUGAUAACUAAAAAAAGAAAAAAAAAAAGAAAAAAAGAGUACCCUUUUAAAGAAUAUAUUUCUCUGUCUUAAAAUCUUGGGAGCCAUUAAUGGAAGAGACAAAGCCUUCCUCUCAUCCUCGGUGAGGUUUACCUGGUAUGUCAUGGCAAUGCUUUUCAGUUGAUUUGUUUUUUGUUGUUCCUUCAUUUGGACUCCAUCUUGGUUCCUUGGUCUGUAUUAAUGUGAUCAGAUAAACCCAACACCCCCCCCCCCCCAUCUCCCUACCAUUAGAUUGAUGUAAUUGACUGUAAGAGUAGACCCAAACUUGGGAAAUUCUUGAUUUAAGGUGGUGUGUGGCAAGAAAUAAUGGGGUAGAGAACAAGCUUCUACCUCAUUCAUCUCUUAACCACUCUCACCAUGACAUUCUCUUGUGGCCCUCAGAACUGUUUACCCCAGAUAGAGAAGUAGGAAAACAUUUAGGGGCACUAUCAUCAGGCCAGCAUACUUCAGCUUCCCAACUGACCAAACCACAGCAAAAAUAAAGGGUCUUCCAACUUCCACCUCUGGCUCUAUAUACUUUAUCCCAAAAUGAAGCAGAUAACGUUCAGACAUCGGCCAUUUAGUGAUUUACGGUGAAUUUCUAGCAGCAAGCAUGCUUGAUAUCUGGUUCAAACUACCAUCAGGAAGAAGGAAAAGGGAAAAAAAAGAAAAAAGAAAACCCCACAGUACCUGAAAUGUGAUUGUUGCAGUGUUCAGUUUCCUUGGGAUCCUGCUCCCUACACACCUUAAGCCCAAUCCUUUUCCUUUGGCCAAUUCAGCUCCCCAAGAGACUAGGAAGUGUGGCCAGGGACUGUCAAACUGUAUUUGGAUUGGGCAUGGCUCUACUCAUUGCUGAUAAUUUUCCCAGCAGGGAAAUGGUGAAGUUAAGCUACCAGAAGGCAAAAGAAUAGUAAGGUUUGGUGGUUAAGAUUUAGCAGGAUGGAGGAUCUGUUUUGGUGGGUCUUCUUUGCCCCAAAAGGUAGGUCUUGGACAAUUCCUUACCUCCCACCUAGGACCUCCAUUUCAAGAUAAGAAGCUAAUGUGAAAAGCACUUGGGAAAUUUGGAUGAUCUGAGAAAAGCGACUUUUCAAAAACUGCUUCUGUGCUCUGAGAUUAUUGUGUGUAUGUACUCUGCACAUAUAUUUUUAAGAAAGGACCAUCUCUUUAGGAGAAUAGACUUUAAAAAAAAAAUUCUAUGGAACAUAUAAAAAGCCAAAAUGGUUUGAUUCACUGACUUUGAAGCUGCAUCUGAUAGUUUCACCCCAAUGACCUUAAUCCCCUCUUAGGGUCUGGUGGCCUUUUACAGUUGGGGUUGUGAGUUCAGCUCUUAAGAGGGGUCUGGGUAGGAGAGAGCCAAUUUUAGGGACAGGGAGUUUUAUCACCUACUCUUUUCUCCCUUUUAGUCUAUAUCAGUCUUUCUCCUUUUUCCCUGAGUUCUCCAAUGCCAGGGCUAGUGGGAGCUGUUCUCUUAAAGCCUCACUAUUUACAGGAAAGACCCCAUGUAAAAACCCAGAGAUCACUGGAGGAAAACACUCCGGGUGGCUCUAUGUGUCCAUUUUCCUCUGUGCCAAAGACUGACAGAGGCUGAGAGAGGCCAUUUCUGAAUCAAAGCAGUAGCUAUCUUUCAACAUAAACUUGUACUGUCCUAGACAGCGAGGGCUCCUGGGAAAAGCGGGAGCUAAAAACAAGUCUCUUCCCUUCUGAGGCUCCUGGGGGACUUGGGGAUGGUAUUUGCCAAUUGGUAAGGAGCUGAGAAAGGGAUCCAGUGGCUCCUGCUUGCACUUUGGGAAGGAAUGGGGGGGGGCUGCUCCUUGUGGGACUGCUCUCCGUCCCCUGCCCCCGCUGCAGAGAUAGCACUGGUGUUCCCUUCAGGCCUGGCAGACUGGCAGUGAGGAGGGCCUCAGUUAGCUCUCAAGAGUGCCUUCCCCUCCUCCCACCUCAGACAUACCCUCUGCCAAACUGGGAACCUGCAGUGCUAUGUAGACUACCUCACAGAGCCCCAGAGGGACCACUGGAGACUAAAUCCUUCCCUCCCUCCGCUCACCCAGGGGUGGGGGCUUCUCCUUCCCCUCCCCCCAAGGUGUUUAUGGGGAGAUCCUAGUGGCUUUGACAUUCAAACCAUGCUACUAUUUUGUUGCCUGUUCGUUGGAAAUCAGUAAGAAGCAAGAAGGCACAGCCUGUCAGUUAUUAUAGGAACAAAGAAGAAUCUUCACCAGUGGGGGGUGGCGGGUGUAAAGCUACUUCCCUUCCAAACACUGGAAGAUAUAGAUACAGAAUGUUUCUCUUCAGACUUAGAGUAACACCAGCUGAAACUUAAGGUUUACUUCCUUUGGAUACAGAAGAUUUCUCUGGGGUUCUGGAUAGGCAGGAAGUCUGAUGACCGGACUGAAGGUGAAUUUUGAGGGUAAAGGCCAGAACCCCAAGCCUGACCCUUGGCCUUGUGUAUCCCCUCAGGGCACAGGCUAGUGGCAUCGUUCCCGGUGCCUUGGUAAUGGUUGAACCUGGACUGACAAAGAUUUUUUCUUUCUCUGAAGUGAAAUUGCAGGAAGCUCCUUGGGAGUGUCUGUUUUGAGUAAUCACAGUGAUGGAUGCUACGAGUAUAAAUGGAUUAUCUACCUCAGUCCUUACAAUAAGAUUGGAAUCAAGGGCAGGGAUUCAAAUCCCAGCCAGGAGAAAUGAGUUGAGGCUUGUGCCAUGAAGUUUGGAACAGGCAGACCUGCCAGAAUCCCCCAUUCAUCAAUUGGGUUGGAAGGACUGGCCAUUAGACACCCCUCUCCCCCCAUCCUUUCUGCCUCCCUUGUCCUGGGAUCCCUUUCCUCUCCUGUUCUAUGUGCUAGGCUGGAGAGUGAGGGAAGGGAUGGCCUCCCCUCUGUAGAGGGCUGCCUGGAGGUGAAAUCUGUGGCUUGGCCUGGUACUCACCACUUACCCCCGAAGUCAAGAAGCCUGGGGAGGCCAAAGCUAAGGCCUCUUGAACAGGGUUUCUUUGAGAUGUUUCACCUCCACUGAGCCCUGCGUUACAGGCUUCGUGGAGCUCUAAAAGAGGUGGAGUAAGAGUCUCUGUCCUGAGAGUCCCCGGGGCCUAUUUGUCUGUACCCUCUGAUCUCUCUGGCUGUCAUCAUAGUUAGGGGAGUUCCACUGGGCUAUCCUGACCCCUCCUCUCUUCACCCUCUAUGGACCUCCUCAUAGGUGCCCCAUUUCACUUUUAUUUUAUCUACCUCUUAGCAAGACAAUAGAGAUAAGUUAGGUAGUGGCAACUCCACUUGUUUAGGUUUGGGGGUGGGAAAGAUUUCUUCUUCCAAAGGGGGGGAAAAAGAGUUACCUUAAAAAUUCCAAAAAUGUUUAAAAAGCCAAAAAAAAAAAGUUUUUUUUUAAAGAUUUAAAAAAAAAAAAGGAGGCAUUUUCCAGUUACUACUGGAUUGUUUUAAUCCCCCAAACUUUUUUUUUUUCUCUUCCCUCAUAAAUUUCACUCUUGGCGAUUUUCUCCACUUGUUUAAGUUAAUGUUUUAUUCUGACAGGUACAGCUUUUACUGUCCUCAUGGCCUGUCCCCCACCCCAUUCCCUCGAGUAAAUUCCGCUUGAGCUGCUCAGCCAGGUGACAUCGGUCACCCCCACCUAAAACAGGCUUGGUGUGUGUUGGGGUGCUUAAGUUUUGACUCACCAUUUCCCCCUCUGGGGGAGUUGGAGGGCACUUGUAAUAUUUCUGUGUAAAUUUCAUGUAACCCCACUUCAGUGUAAAGAUGUUCAGAAUGAAUUUCAGCAGGUAAUGAAUUGAUCUGAGGAAUGAACAUAUUCCAUUACCAUUUGUAUCCUUCCCUUUCUCCAGAAACCAGAAAAAGUCCUGAGUCUCCCCCAUCUCACUCUCCCCCUGCGAAAUGAAUUGGUAACUAAUGCUGAGACAUCAGUCAAGAUAGGGAAAAAUGUUUCAUGAAUGGGAGUCAUGGCGGGGCUGGAGGGGACCUCCCACUUGUGGUGUGCUCCCCUGUAAUUACUGCCAUUUGGAAAAUUGUACUUUGCUGGAAAUCUGCCAGCUGUCAUCACCCUUGUUUUGAUUGUACCCUUCCUCCUACCUUUACAUCUGUUCUUUCCUUUGGAGGAGGUGGACAGCUGGUUCAAACUUUUGGAAUUGGGUCUUUUGCUGGAUGUGUGCUCCAGCUUCCUUUCUUCACCGUGGAGGUUGUUGGUUUUUUUGUUUUUGUUUUUUAUUUUUAUUUUUUUUAGCUACAUACCACUUUGUUUCUGCUGUUUCAAUUUCAAAAUAAAAGCAAUCUUCUAUUGAAAGUCAAGUGUGUCUUUGUGUCAGGGAGGGUUUUCUGGGUCUGGGGUCUGAACUGUUUAGACUUACAGAGAUUGAGUUAUGAAAGCAAAAGAUUUCAAAUGCAUAGUGGGCAUCCUUUUUAAAAUGCUAUUUUUUUAUUUCUUUAUUGGGGGACUAAUGUUUUAUAAUUGAUGGUAAAUACAGUAGUUUGUACAUGCAUAACACUUCUCGGUUUUCCACACAACAACACAGCUCCCGCUAGAUCCUCUGCCAUCCUGUUCCAGGACCUGAACUCUUCCCCCACAAUGGGUAUUUUUUUUUAACUUAAGAAUCUAGAGUGACGAACGCACUCCCCCCAAGAUAUAUUUCUUUUUUUUUUUUUUUUUUUAACGAUUUAGGAGAGGGAGUGGGCAGAGCACUGGCAUUUGCAGUGCUGGAGGUUGAACUUGGGUCUUCAUGCUUUUGAGUCACUACUUCUUGGACCACUAUUCAUUUCUUUUUGAAAUAUGUAUUUAUUCCCUUUUGUUGCCCUUGUUUUUAUUGUUGCAGUUAUUAUUGUUGUCAUUGUUGGAUAUGACAGAAAGAAAUGGAGAG